ACUCUCGCCUACAGCCACCUACUGCGCUGACUUAAGUCAACUAAUAAGAAGUUGGAAUUACUUUUCCGAGUCCAUGGAAAAAAUUUCCAGGAAAUUGAGCUAAAUUUGUUAAAUUUCCGAGUCUGUGCUUGAUAAAUUUACGUAGUAUUCCCAAUUGAGACAUUGACAUAGCAACUCAUCCUUCACCUUCUCCAUAUUGCUUCUAAGCCAUGUCUUUUGAGAAACAAUUCUGUGAAAAUUAUUUUGUGCUGAAGCCAGAUAACGCUAGUUUCUAUGAUCUCGCUAGCUUUCUCUUUUCCUCUAAAUCAGAAACUAGUAAAUUCAUCGAGGGCUCAGAAGAACUUAAGGGAGACUUUUGGAGAAGAUGGUACAUCUUCAACUCCCUUUUUGCGCAGAAACUCCUCCUUAAGGUGGGAAAACCUAUGGUCCAAAUAGGGAAUGUGUUAGAGCUAUGGCUGAAUCUUCUUUCAAGCAACGGUGGAUUACUCAGGCUCAUCACCAAUUUCUUAACAGGAAAAUUGGUAAGGCCGAAUAAGUCAUCGGCAAAGUUUACAUCUGUGUUGGCAAAUCUUGAUCAAAGAGUGGAAUUAGACAAAAGCAUUAGUUAUGGUAACAGAAAAUACAACGCGUCGCUCUCAAUUAUGGCUUCCAAAUUGUCGUAUGAAAAUGAAGUAUUCGUUAAAACCAUAAUCAAAGAUCAUUGGAAUAUGGAAUUCUUGGGCUUCAACAACUUUUGGAAUGAUUACUUGGAGGACGCUGCAACUCAAGCCAUUAUGUUCCAAGAUACAAGGGUUGACCCUAAUCUAAUUGUGGUUGCAUUUAGGGGCACCGAGCCAUUCGACCCAGAAGCAUGGAGAACAGAUGUGGAUCUCUCGUGGUAUCAAUUUGAAGGGGUGGGUAAGACUCAUAGUGGCUUUAUGAAAGCUCUUGGUCUUCAAAAGAACAAAGGAUGGCCCAAAGAAAUAGAACAAGGAAUUAACCAAAAGAAAUAUGCUUAUUAUGAAAUCAGACAAAGGUUGAGAGAGUUAUUGCAAAAAAAUGAGAAUGCAAAAUUUAUAUUAACAGGACACAGCUUGGGUGCGGCAUUGGCAAUUUUGUUUCUAACUGUGCUAGCAAAACAUGAAGAGGAAAGGUUGAUGCAUAAGUUGGAGGGAGUGUAUACAUUUGGGCAACCAAGGGUCGGAGACAAUCAGUUGGGGGGUUAUAUUGAGAAGAGGUUGAAGCAAUAUGAUGUGAGGUAUUUAAGGUUUGUUUACUGCAAUGACAUAGUGCCUAGGGUCCCUUAUGAUGAUGAAACUUUCUUUUUUACUCACUUUGGACCUUGCCUCUACUACAAUAGCUUCUAUAAAGGAAAGAUUUUGAAGGACGAGCCAAAUAAGAACUACUUCUCAGCGACAUGGGCCAUUUUCAAAUUUAUGAAUGCAGUUUGGGAGCUAAUCCGGAGUUUCAUUAUCCCAUAUACAAGCGGUCAGGAGUACAAAGAAAGUUGGUUAAUGAAAAUGAUGAGGAUUUUUGGAUUGGUAUUUCCAGGAUUAGCAGAACAUUCGCCUCUAGAUUAUGUUAAUGUUACCCGAUUGGGAUCUUUACCUCUAGGCCUACAAGAUUCUAAGGUUAACUGACCUACACUAAUACGAAACCGAAACCGAAACCGUAGAUUAACAUUUCCUUUAGACUAUCAAGAGAAUAGAGAUUCAAAGAAUUGAGAAGUGAAAUAAAUUUCAGUAAAAGUACUGAAAUAUGUUGUUUGGUACUUUGGUGUGAAGAAUUUUGUUCCCAGUUCCAACAAAACACUUGUAAUUUUAUAACCGGUA